CGGAUCUCAGCGCCGCGGCAGGCAAGCCAGGCGCACAGCAGCGGCAGGAGCGCGGGAGCCGCGGCGACAGGAGCAGGCAGGCGGGGGGCGCGGCUGCCUCUGCCGCCGUCCCGAGUGCCGACGGAGCCGCUGGGGCGCAAGCAGGUCGUGGCUGGUUCUGGCCCACUGGGACGUUGAAGCUAGAUGGACGGCCAAUGGUCUGACUCGGUAGAAGGCAGCUCAGCUUCCUUGGUUCCUAACACUGCCUUAGUCCCUGUGGAUAUCCAUUAUAGAACAGGUGCAGUUGUGGGACCAGCAUAAGGUCUAAACAGCAGGACUUGGGGUCCCCCCCACCCCCAGAAUGCACCACUGAGAGACCUUAAAGGCCAAGUGGAAGACAGAUUAUCCUGGAGAGAAUCUAUCUCUGUGGUCGCUAAGAGUGGACACCGACUUGACGGCACUUAAUCAGUCAAUCAAUCAAUCAGAAGUCAAGGCAGCUGCUUUUCAAGAUGAGGAGGCUCUUAUUUCAGCAAGGAGCACAUUCCAAAGCCUUUGGGCAGCAACGGAGAAGGCCCAUCCCCGAGUAGCCAGGAGAUGAGCCGGAGGCAAAUGCAGACGGACCUCUCCUGAUGAUCUCAAUGCCCACAAAGCAAUCACGUCAAUGAAGCAAGUUGUCAUGUUUUAUAACAUAAGCAGCACUAAUUGGAAAAUGAAUUGAGAGGCAAUAAAAACCAAACACAAAAGAACAUGGGAAAGCUUCUCCUCGUAGCAGUCUGCAGUCAAAGUCUCUUGAGAUGUUGUCUUUAGUCGUGCUUUCAAGCAAAUUCCUGGAUCAGUAAGCUAUACAAUAUUUACAAGUGGAUCCUGUCUCCUAGGCCAUCAUUAAUGGAACAGGGUCAGUUUCUGCGCUGAUCGGAAAUCUAUUUAAAACAAUUAAAGUGCCAAACUUCUGAUGAAAGAGGAUCGCCAUGGCAUCAAGAGAUGAUUCAGGUUGAUGCUCCCAGUCAUCAGGUUUAACUGUCUUAAGAAAUCCACCAGAAAACAUUUGAAAAGAAAUUUAAAUAAGCCCUGCACCUAUCCUGUUGUUAUGAGAAAACGUUCCAAAAAGACAGCGUGUUGAAAUUGUAUGACAUCAGCAUUGCAGAUGUAAACUGGUUUAACAGUGAUGCCCUCUCCCCAAGGAACCCUGGGAACUGUGGUUCUGUUGGGAAAGCUUAGAGAUCCCUAAGAAUUGUCAGUGCUCUCACCAAAUGACAAUUCCCAGGAUUCAGUGGGGGUGAAUGCCGGUUAAACUAGUUUAAAAUGGAUAUAUUUGUGGUGUGGAUCUGCCCUAAGCCUGGCUUUCAUCUGAGACAUUAGCAAAGGAAUAUAAUUUAAUUUUCAGAAAUGUUGAUGCUAGCUUAAAGUAUGGGGGAUACAGCUAAAGAAAUACAGGUGGAAAGUAUACGGCCAUCGGAAACUUCAAAUGCAUCAAAAACCUUCCUUCCAAAUGUGAGCCCAGCCAAAAAGGCCUCAGUUUUUUGUUUUAAGAAAAGGAAGAAGUCUUGCGAAAAGGUAAUGGAGGAAGACAAGGGCCUUGAAUCAGAUUCACUAAGCCUGAAGCAUAAAAACCACCAAUCCAGCACUGUACACACUGAAGCAGAGCUUUCGAGUCCAUCUUGGACAUCAGGAGGAGCCUGGCUGGCUCUCAAGCGCCUUGUGACAUCGAGAAAACGGUCAAAAUCAGCCCUAAAGAAGCAAACUCGGUUCAGUUCCCAAGUGCAGCUGGAGACGAAUGCAGAUGUUUCUGGCCUGCCAUGUUUUCCUAAGGAACAAACCAGUUCUGGCCUUAAAAUUCCCUGCCUGAGGUUUUCCAGAAGCAAGAAGAGGUCUGGUUAUUCUGAUAUAAUAGAGGAGGUAGAUCAUGGUGAGAAAGCCGAAGAAACAACUAGCAUUUUGAACAACAAAGCUAACAGUGAACCAGAGAACGUGGUGCUGGUGGAUUCCUUGAGCAACGAACAGUCCCCUCCCAGAGCCCCUGAGGAGAAAGAGGGUGACAGUAGCGUUAUGAAGAACAUUGGAGACAUGGUUAUUUCUCCCGGAGAAAAUACAUUUGUGGUUGAAAUGAGACCAGAUCCUGAUCAAUACACAGGCUUCAUUACUCACUCAGAAAUCAGGCGUUCUGAAGCAGUACUUGAAACAGAAGAGGAAAAGCAAAUCUUUCAGCUGCAUCACGGAAGCCUCUAUGGAGAUCCUGAAGAUGUGGAGAACAAGAGAGUUGAUCUUCAGCUUGAGAUCGGCCCUCUCUUUCUUCAGGAGCUGCCAGGAAUAGAACACACAGUUUUCAAAGUCGAAGAUGCCAAAGUUGCAGAGACCGAGUUGGAAAAAGAUGGAGGGGAGAUUAGCAUUGUGGGAGACAUCAAUGGUGCCAAGGAAGGUAACUCUGUGGAGGUCAUGCUACAUUCUAGCCCAUCUGCACUUGAAGAGGAGGCUUCAAGCGCGCCAGACAUUUCUGGCGAGGAAGUGAAAUCUGAAGGGAAUAUGUUUGCUAUGCCUGGAGUGGGCAUAGUGAUAACUAUCACCGAAGCAGAAGAAUUCCAGGAUGAAGAAGAACCCAGCCAUAUUUGUGAACCUUUCACAUUCCCACAAACCAGCAAACAGAAAGGGAGUAAGAAAUCAAGUAAAGGCCCCAAUUCUGGGACAGGGGGCCAUGGGCACCAGAAGGAAGGGAAAACGUGUCCCCAGGUUCCGCUGCCCUUCAGCUCAAAUGAUCAGGAGCACCGUUCUUCGGAGCAAUACGAGGUGCUUCUGGUUGAGACAGCCACGUCACUUGUGAAAGCAGCCAUCCAGUCGUCCAUUGAGCAGCUCGUCAAUGAAAUGGCUUUUGAGCAAAAUAAACAGAACAGCUUUCUAUGAUAGGUGCUCCAUGGUCAUUGCAGCCCGGCCCUGAGCGAGGCAACCUUUGAGUCCCGGAAAAGGGCACAAAUGAUUGGUUAUUUAUGUCAUUAGGUUGCUACCCCCAGAAGGGGUCAUUUGGAUUUUUCUGCCUCAGGUGUCAAAAUUAUUUGUUCCAGCCCUGCCAGUAAUCCAGUAUUAAUGCCAUAAGAAGUGUUAUAAAGGUCACGAUAUAUGCGAACUCGGCAUGAAAGGCUUAGAAGGCUGUUAAUCACUGGGAUAUUUGCCAUGUCCGUGAUUCGUUUAAUUUUGCAUGUUGGUGAAAUGACUAUAUCUUGUAUGUUUUAAAAAAGGGAAGUAAGAAUGGGAGCCCUUUGCUGCAUGGUGCCACGUGCUAAUGGCUUGUUCUGUGUGGUAGAAAUAGGAAGGCCUAUAGCUUUGCCCAUCCAUCCAUUUUACCCGCUGGAACUAAAUUGUUCUAGUUGGCCGUCACCUAACUAAAGUAUUCCGAGUCCAAGGAUCUUCAAACUUGAGCCCCCAGAUGUUGUUGGACUACAACUCUCAUCAUCCUCGGACACAACGGCCAAAAGGAUGGCUUUUUGGUCAAUUAAAAAGGUUUAUAUUUGAACAAACUAACUCAUGGGCUCCCAGCCUCGAGUCCCCAGCUGUUGUUGGACUAUAACUCCCAUUCUGUUUUUCUUAGAGAUUGUUUGUUUUAGAUUCUUUUCAUGCUAUUCUGUUUUUUUUUAAGUCAAUUUCACUUCCUUUUCACCUCUUUUGGGUAUUUGUCAUAGUACCCUUUGGACUAUAACUCCCAUCAUCCCCAGCCACAAUGGCCUUUGGGAGUUGUAGUCUAACAACAUCUGGGGACCCAAGGUUGGAAACUCUUGAUCUAACCAUUAACCAAUUACAAGUUAAUUUAUUAUUUAUUAUUAUCUUUAUUGUCAGUUUGUAAAGCGUAACUAAGGGCCAAACAAAACGUGUCAGUGAGUUCCAUGAUUGAAGCUCCCUGUUACAAAAAGCAACUGGAGAAGUGGGAGGCUGAUCUCGAUCAAGGGGUUUCCAACUCUUUCCUCCUGCAAUAUGGCCUCGGUCCAAAUUACACCUCUAUCCUGAAGAAGCUAUUGGCUACAGAUGGGAAAACCUAUGGCUAAAAGCAGCUUUGGGGGCAGUGAUGGUCCAAGAUUUCCCUUUUCCUUUCCUUUUUCAAGCGACAUUGGCUGUUGCCAUGCCCACAUGAUUUAAUCACACACCUGCAUGCAUGGACCCUCACCACUGCUGCUUUGCCCCUCCUCCGUCUCCUCCUCCUCGUCCAAAGAAACAGAGGAAAUGAGGAAAGUCUCUUCGUCUCUCUGAAGAAUAAGCGGAAGAGGAAAUGAGGAAAGAGCAUAGAGUACUGCAAACUCUCUCUGAAGCAUCCACAGUACUCUAAUGUCCCUGCCAUGGAGGACUGUAGAUGCUCUGUAGAGCAGGGGUAGGUGACCUUGGCUCUUCAGCUGUUGUUGAACUACAACAUCCCCAGCAACAAGUUACUGUUGGCAUUGUAAUUCAACAACAGCUGGAGUGCCAAGGUUGCCUACGCCUGCUCUGUCGAGCAUCUACUGUACUCUAUGCCCUUCCCUCAUUUCAUCUUCCGCUUCCUCCCCCUUCUAAUUAUCAACCCAGUGGCAAGGGAAGAAGCAAUCUCAGAGGAGAUGAAGAACUGCUCAGGUGGUGGGGAGUAGCAGAGAGAAGUCAGUGAGGCAGCGGUGGGCAUCUUGCUGCUGCUCCAUUGGCAUCUCAGUAAUUUGCUGCUUGAGGCAACCAUCUCACCUAGCCUCAUGAAAAGUCUGCCCCUGGUUAGAGAGGCAAUUUUAAAGAAUUGGUAAGGGUGUAAAGGGUGAGAUCACUCUCUUGUAUUGUGGUCCCAGUCCAAUUCCCUUCUGUAGCUACUUUUUGAAAAAGAUUGAACCCCUACAUCGGACUGAGUUUGGCCUCAUGUCAAUUAGAUCACAGGUGUAAUCCUUGUCUCCAUACCAACAGAAGCCUCACCUGCUGAAUUUCUGUAAGUGAGGCUGCUGUUAAAAGCAGAUGAGCAGGAGCAGAAUGGCUCAGAUACUGUGCAGUCCACUGUCAAGUCUAAGGGAGAUGCCCCCGCUCAGCAAAGCUCUACUGAAGAAACUUGCCACCAUUGCUUACACACACACACACACACACCACCGUCUGUGGCUCCUUAGCACAGCAUCAUCGCUGGAGCAAUGAUGUGAUUCCCAAUAGGAGUUGCAUUGCUCAAAUGGGGAUUUGGUGCUUAGGAGUCUCAAAGUCUACUGUUUGUGUGCAAGCAACGGCAGCAUAUUUUUUGGUAGAACACCGCUGCAAGGGAGCAUUUCCUUUAGAACAAUGGUGAACUGUGCAGUAUGUGAGUCACUAAAAUUAUGCAGGUCAUCCAGAGUUAAAAGGGAGAAUGAACAAGACACAUUGGAACUGAUGGUUUAAAAAGAAGAAGAAAUAUUAUCUGCAUUGCAAUUCUGAGCUUUUGUAGAACCCUUAGAAUAGUGGUUCCCAACCUGUGGCCACUAAAUUGUGGCUGAGGAUGAUAGGAGUUUCAGUUCAGCAACAUCUGGAGGACCACAGGUCGGGAACCCCUGGCUUAGGAAUGACUUUCCAAGGAGAUGAAGCACUCUUCUUUCAUAAUUAGACCGGACCUUGCAUGCACCAACAUGAAUAGGAGGUUUCCGACUGGGAACAAAUACCCCAAUUCACAGAUCUGUGCACGCAAGUAUUCUUCCAUGUGUGUUGCCAAUGCAGAUGCAAAUCUAGAGCCCAUUUUGCAUCAUGAUACUUAUAUUACUUACAAUAUUUGUUCCAUAGAAUUGGCUGGGUCUCUUGAUCCAAAUAGGGGUGCACAUCCAUGCCCAAGCCAACUAGCUGGAACACAGAGCUAGUUGCCAGGCCAAAGCUGAAUUGGCACCCGAGGUAGCAGGUAAGCUAUUGCUCCCACCAUCCCAUGGUGCAUGGAAUGCACCAGCAGCUACUUUCAGCCCCACAACCCCUGCUGAGCCAUUUCCCUUCAGAGAACACAGCAGGAAGCAAUUCUUCCCAGUUUCUCCCCAACCCUAGAUAGGUCUCUAGUUCCUAGUAUGUGGAGCAUUCUGGGGAACAGUUCCUCUUGCCCCUGAAACCCUCAGCCAUGCCCGUUCUUUGUCCCCAGCAAACAUAACAUACUGGAGAGCAGUUCCCCCUCCCUACCCCUCUCCCUCAACCCCUCCCUUCCAUGCCUGAGGAGGGUGGCAGCAGCAGCAGCUCAGUCUCUCCUCUUGUAACUGCUACUAAUUUCUCCACCUCUCCUACUUUUUGAAAAGGAAGCAGGUGGGCAACCAAGCAACAGGAAGUGCAAACCUGCACUUCCUGCUGCUUCAUUUGCUGCCCCCUGCAAGGGGUAUGGGGAAAUUAGCAGCAGCGGCCAUGAGGAGAAAACGAGCCUGAGAAUUGGUGGCAGACAGUGAAACAAUGUUGGGACUUUGCCACCUCUUACAAUCUGCCACCUGAGGCUACCGCCUCACCAGGUCUCAUUGGAGGGUUGCCUGUGCUAGUUGCCCAUGACAACAGCUGCAUCAGGACCCAUGUAUUUAGGAGGCGGCCUCCUCCCCUUGACUUUUCAUGAGUUUGAAGCAGUGGAGUGGCAAAAGGCAAAAUUGGAUCAACUGGAAGAUCUCUGGGUAAUUUGCAGUAGAUCCACAAGGGAUUCUGACUCCCAAUGGUUUAGGAAUAACAUCAGCAAGGCUCCUCCAUAACUAGAAUGCUGAAAUGAAGAAAGCUUGGAGAGGAAUCAGAGUGGAUAUUUUUGUGAAAGGACUAUGAGCUCUGUUCAAGAACUGAAAAUGAACUCCUGGGCUGAGCAUAUGCUUGGAGACACCUUUCCCCUUAAUUUGUAGUGUGCAUCUGCUCCCCUGAGCUACUGUUUUGCAUCUGACUCCUGUCAGGAGACCUUCUUCUAGGAAAAAAACAAAAGUUCCACAAGUUUAAUGGCCCAUUCCUAAAACCAGGAAGGGGAAAGGAUAGUUUAGAAUGGAAUGUAUCUGCCACUCAGUCACAUACACCAGCAAAAAUGCUUAGAAACAGGAUGUUUGUGUUGCUCUGUUUAUUGAACAAGAUUCUAUGCAUUGCAAGACUUGAGUGUGGACCUGUCCGGCGUGGAUUGUAGUACCUGAACUGGAGUGGGACUGAGGCUCUUUUUGCACUCGCAGCUGGGAUCAGCCAUGUCAUUGAAGUGAACAACAAAGACACCUACCCCAGGUAUAAAGGUUCUGUAAUAUAUUUAUGGCUAUUAAAGUAACAUUGAAUGAUAUAAGAUUUUCCUUUCUGUUUGUAAAAUCAGGUGUAUUUUCCAGAUGUAAUAUUUGGAAGAUCCAAAUACUGAUUCCUCAGAGGCUCAGUAAGGGCAGCAGGCUAGGCAGUGUUCUGAUUUCUCAUUGGCCCAGUGCCUGCAGCCUAAACCAGGGGUUCUCAGCGUUGGGUCCCCAAAUAAUGUUGGACUAAAACUGGCAUCAUCCCCAGCCACAGCGGCCUAGAGACGAGGGGCAUAGUAGUUCAACAACACUGCAUUAAGUACUUAUAGAGGUCAGGUAAUUAAUGUUAUUAGUGUAUUAAUGAAGCUUGCUCGACAUGUUCAGACUUAUUCAGGAAAUGGGCCAGAUUCCUCUUGGGGAAAUACUAGGCUCAUUCACACAACUGACAGCAAGGUAGGAGGUCCGCCCAGCUUGAUUAGAAGAUUGGUGGCCGUGUGCUUGCAAACAUUAAGGUAGGAGGACGGGAGGGUGAUUGUGCAUCAGGCAGCCGCUGGGUAGGAGGAGCUCACAGUAACCAGAUUCCGUCCCUGAUGUUUUAUUGAGGUAGAAGAAAAAGCCGUCCUUCCCAGCUGCUGCCUUGCACAUGAUCACUAUUUCCUCCUCCUACCUUAAAUGUUUGCAAGCACAUGACUGCCAAUCGGGAGCACGCCUGACGCUCCCACCCAGGCUGGGCGCUCCUACCCAGUCAUGUAAACGGGUCUACUGUCUUUUUGGAUUAAGUCAAACUUUCCAGUCUCCUUUCCAGGCUAGUUUUCUCUUCCUGUCGAAGAGACCAUGUGGCAGGAAAGAUGGCGGUGAGCAGAGAGGUCAGUCCCAGAGCAGCUGAAAUCUGCAGGGGUGAUGACCCUGCACCUGUGACACACAGAGGCUGUUCUCUUGAGCAGCCUAGGCCAGGCGAGGGCAGCCUAGUCUGGGCUAGGCUGCUCGUGUGGAGUGCCAGGGUCUGCACGGAUCUCCGUGCUCCUGCCCAGCCAAACCUUACAUUUAAGCCCGGCUCUUAGUCAACGUUAAAGGAGCAAGGGCUCUCUUAGCCUGGCUUCCGGGAUUGUGUGUUAGGGGUGUGCAGGGAACUGCUCCAGGUGGUUCAUUUCGAAUUUGAACCAAACUCGCCCGGUCCACAUACCAGUUCUAAUGAACCGCCCAGUGGUUCUGUUUGUGCCUCGAACCAGGUAAAACCAGUUCGGCCCUGUUUUAAGUGCUUGCAAAAGGGAAUCCAGUAAUGAUUCCCCUAUACAAGCACCGGGGAACCCUAUGGCAUUAAAAAAGGGCGAGGGGUAGGCGGGAUGAUACCUCAUGUGCCGUGGCUCGGGGAUGGUGGUGGGCUGUCAGCAGGGCCUAGGGGAGCCACCACCGGUCCAACACCCACCAAGAAGCCAUCUGCCCCCCUACCUGCCCUUUUUCCAACCCUGUAGGGUUACCCCGGUGAUUGUAAAAGGGAAUCCUUACCAGAUUCCCCUUUGCAAGCACUAGAACCGGUUCAAUUUGAACUGAGCCUGGUUCGGCUUGAGCUCGGACUGGCCCCCCUUUUCGGAGGGCUGGUCUGGCUCAAGCUUGAACCGUUUGAACCAGAAUUGUUUGAUCUGAACCCGGUUCUAGUUUGAACCAGUUUGCACAUCCCUAUCAUGUGUCUCCUUGGGUUGCAUGCAGCCCGAGGAGACACAGAGAUGGGUGCCUAGAGCACCCAUCUGAUGGGAGAAUCCCCCAAUGCACCGCUCUCGCCGUGCAGUGCUUUGUGGGAUACCUGGAGGCCAGGACAACGUGUCCUGGCCUCCGGAGCUCUGCACUGCUUGGCACAGUGUUGCUCAAAGGGCGCAGUGCUCCACUCUCCAAGCAAUGUUCACAGGGUCGUCUGGGGGCAAGGGAAGGUUUUGAAGCCUCCUUCCCCACCACCCACCCUCCCGAAGAGUUGUGUGCAUAGCUCCAUGGUCUCACCCAGCCCAUUUCCUGGCCAGGAAGGAACUAAGAGGUUGGCCUGGCUCUUGGGAGUCUGGACGAGUCUCCUGUCUACCUGGCUGCACUGGUUUCUUCUGCUUGUUCUGGGGUACAGGAGUGAGUGAAUGAGGUUUCUUUAAACAAGGGUUGUUGUUGUUGUUUUAAAUCUAUCUAUCUAUCUAUCUAUUUAUUUAUUUAUUUGACAUAUGUCUAUACCGCCCAAAACUUGCCUCUCUGGGUGGUUUAACUGGGCAAAGAGGCACCUUUUAAUUUAUUUUAUUUUAUUUUAUUUAUUUUUGCAUUUAUAUACCGCCUUUCGUUAAAAAGAUAACCCCAAGGCGGUUAAUGUGGUGAUUCUCUUUAUUUAGCAGAGGGAGAGUAACUGGCCCUCUCCACCCCCAGCACAGUAUCUCCAGUGACUGUUGCGGGUGUCUAUCUUAUGUUUCUUUUUAGAUUGUGAGCCCUUUGGGGACAGGGAUCCAUCUUAUUUAUUUAUUAUUUCUCUAUGUAAACCGCUUUGGAAACUUCUGUUGAAAAGUGGUAUAUAAAUCGUUGUUGUUCGUUUACAACAAAACAAAAAUAAAUGACAACAGAAAAGGUUAAAAAGCG